AUGGCCAUAGACAAAAAUACCAUGCGCUCAAAUUUUAACGAGCAAAUACAAUUAAUUUUAAUGAAUAAACGGGAGGAUAAUAACGCUUUUUUGUCAACCAGUGAUUACAGUAGAGUUAUUCAACAGGUGAAAAAAUCAAAAAAAUCUUUAAACACUGUUGGUGAAAAGAAAACAACAAAAGACUAUCGUGUAAUACGUAAGUAUGAUAUUUUAGUAAUGAACGGCAAAGAACACUUGAUUAGACCUAUCGAUGAAAAAAAUGUAGUAUUGUACUAUGCAACGAUUGAUGAAUUAUUUGAUAUUCUUUACGAUACACAUUCUGCAAUAGGUCAUGGUGGACGAAAUCGUAUGGUGUCUGAACUUAAAAAUAAUUAUUGCAAUAUAACUAAUGAAACAAUUAUGGUAUUUUUAAAAUUAUGUGCUGAAUGUCAUAAAAAAACAGUGUGUUCAAAAAUAGGAUUAGCACCUAAACCAAUUUUACAGCCUACUUUCAACUCUCGGGCUCAAGUUGAUUUAAUAGAUAUGCAGUCUCGACGUCAUAAUGAUUAUAGAUUCAUAAUGAACUAUCAAGAACAUUUGACUAAAUACAUAGUGUUGAAACCGCUGAAAUCAAAAUGUGCUGAAGAAAUCGCUUAUAAUUUAAUUGAUAUCUAUACAUUAUUUGGGGCUCCUACAGUAUUACAAUCAUGCAGUGGAAAGAAAUUUGUAACUUCAAUAAUUAAUAAACUUCAUGUCAUAUGGGAUGAAGUAAAAAUUGAUUAUGGAUGGCCUAAGCAUUGUGAAAGCCAGGAAUCCGUUGAACGAACUAAUAGGGAUGUGCAAGAAAUGUUAUCUGCUUGGAUGACCAAAAGAGAUAGUUUGGAUUGGCCAUCGGCGUUAAAAUUCAUUCAGUUUAAAAAAAAUCGGACUUUUCACUCAGGGAUAGGCACAUCUCCCUAUGAAGCAAUGUUUGGAUGCACUGCUAGAAUAGGUUUUGAGUCAUCUAAUCUUCCAAAUUCUGAAAUAACCAAAAUAAAAACAGAAGAAGAUUUAUAA